AGUGCAAUUAAAGCAUUUUUAUCUUUUCUAUCAAUAUCAUGUAUUUUAGAAUUUGUUUUUUAUACCAUUUUAUUUUUCACUUGGGUAAUUCCUUAUGUUGAUGUUCAUAAAAUAGAACAAGAAAAAAAUCAUGUAUUUUAUUUUCCAACGUAUAAUGAAAGUGCAAAAAAAUUUGAAUAUAAAGAGAAUUCAGAAAUUCAAUCUAAAACUUCUCAUAUGACCAUCAUCGAUCAAAUUUCAGAGUUUGGUGCUCUUGCAGGAUUAUUUUUUAACGUGGCUGUUUAUAGUGUAACUUCUAAACUCAAUUUUAAAAAUACUUGCAUUGUUGAUGAUUUUUUAAUUCUCAAUGUCUUCUU